AUCGAUCGGGUAAGGCUCAGCUCAGCUAGCAUAUUUGAGUUUCUCUCGUGCUCUAGCUACUAGCAACCUCGACAUCAAUGGCUUCUGGUGCCGCCGCCCCGGUUAAGAUGUCCACUGCAGUGACUGCCUGCAUCCUGCUGGCGGUCCUGCUGCCCAUGGCGCCCAAGCUAGUAAUGGGUGAUUGUUCCGGCAGUUGUGUUACCCUUUGCGACACCUUUGCUGAUGGGUUCUGCACGGGCAACGCCGACCCCGCCUUUUGUCCACCGGAAGUGCAGGAGCAAUGCAAGCCCACGGUUUUCACAGGGUGUAUCACUGAAUGCAACACACUCUGCGCUACAAGCGGAUUCGCUCCUUGCGCUGCUUGAUGAGAAAGUAUGGUUUGCGGCAGAAUAAAGGUGAGUGCAAGAGCAGCCAGCAGGCCUCUUCCCCAUGCAUACGCACACUGCAGCGCGAGCUGAGGGAGGAAGCAUGCAAUAAGCUUCCACGGUGAUCUACUACCUACUAUAUCCCACAUUUCCUUACUACAUUUUCCUUUGUUUAAUUCAGUCAAGAUUGUGUCGUUCAGAGGCCAGCAUGCAUGGGGUGCGUACGUAUUAUUACUAGUAUUAUUGUAUGCAUAUGGAAAAGUGCACUGUGCUAGCUUGUGUACGUGUGCCAAUUCUGUGCAUGCAUGUGUGGUCUUUCAGUGUCUACUCUAGCUAGUAGGCAUAUGUCAUUGUCAUGUAAUCUCUCGAUGAGGGAAUUUGUAUUGAAAUAAAUCAUAUUAAAAACAAUAUAUUUC